AUGCAAUUGAUAAAGCAGUGUGAUCCUAAGAACGUGAUAUUGGUACACGGUGAGAAGGCAAAGAUGGAAUUCUUACACGAUAGGAUCAAACGCGAGUUCCAAAUCCCUUGUUACUUUCCCGCAAACGGGGAAACUGUAGCAAUCGAAACUUCGCUGUCCAUUCCAAUCGAUGUAUCGGUGGAUUUGCUCAAACGUCACAUGUCUGCACAGAAAAUCCCGUUGCCAUCAACCGGUGACAAAAUCGACAUAACAAAGAUCAAGCCGAUGGAUGUAAUAUCCAUUCAAGGUGUUUUAACAAUGGAACAAGAUCAAAUUCCGCGUUUGACAGAUGUCGACGAGGCUAUCCGCAAUGCACGGAUGAACUUGUUCGAAAUCGAUUUUAACAUGCAUAAAGCAUUUGAUCCCAAUCAAAUGCGAGAUUUUGACGAGUUUCGGAAUUCCGGUGGAAGCGAUAUUAGAAUUCAAGCUUUGGAUUAUGUAUACAGAUCAGUUAAAAAGACGAUCGAGGCCGAGAUGCCGG